AUGUCAUCGCGCGAAGAUGAACGUAAAAUCGAAACGACUGGAAUGGUACGUCCUAUCUUUCAAGCUAACGGGCUUAUACCUACAGAAGGCAUAUCGGAUGUUCGAAAUCGGACAGAUGUAAACUGCAUGAACACUGGUCCUUACUCCACGGGAAUGUUCGUUUUGGAUUGGAAAGACUGUCGGGACGCUAGAGAACCGCUUACCGCGCAGGUGCUGAGCAGAGAUUACAUCUGCCUACCGCUGACCAUUUGUGGAAAUUUUGAACGAGCGAACGAACAAUAA